UCUGUUGUCCAGGCGGCUGCGCGUGCUGCCGUACCUGGCUGCAGUAUAUAAAGGCAGUCAACGGUCAGAAAUCCCGACGGUUGAGCCGCUGACAGCGUCCUCUCCCCGUGUUUUACCCCCCACUCUUCUUCUCCACCACCGGCGUCCGUGCCCCUCUCACAAGCCGGGAGAGACGGGGGUCCAGCGCGGAUAGCGUGGACUGACCAGCAUGGACCCCCAAAUGAAAGACCGAACCAGCCCAGCGUCGGGGGGCUUCAGCGGACGCCUGGCCUCUCUGGGAGCGGACGGGGGAGACUCGGAGUCCGGAGCCGGCUCGGAGGAGGCAGCCGUGGGCUGCUGCAGCGAUACGUUCAGCAGUCUGCCCGACAUGGAGCAAGAGACGCUGGAGGAGAAAUUAAGAGGACUGGCGUUCAGAAAACAGACCUCGUAUCGGAAAGCGAUCUCCCGCUCAGGCCUUCAGCACCUCGGCCCGCCUCAGCCUUCCCUGCCUCCUGCAUCCAACGGGCCCAACAAGGACGUCCGCACCGGCUUGGACUGGACGGAGAACGCAGUGAAUGGCGAUCACCUGUGGAUGGAGACGAGCUGUUCUGGAGAGCUCUGUUAUCUCGGAGAGGACGCCUGCCUGCUGAAGACCGCAAAGUCGGCCCCCAGGAAGAAAUGUGCUGCCUGUAAGAUCGUUGUUCACACCGGCUGCAUAGAGCAACUAGAAAAGAUUAACUUUCGAUGUAAGCCAACCUUCAGAGAGGGAGGAUCACGGUGCCUCAGAGACCAGAACAUACUGAGACAUCACUGGGUUCACAGACGAAGACAGGAGGGCAAAUGUAGACAAUGUGGAAAGAGUUUUCAGCAGAAGUUCUUCCACAGUAAAGAAAUCAUCGCCAUCAGUUGUUCCUGGUGUAAACAAGCUUUCCACAAUAAGGUGACGUGUUUCAUGCUGCACCAGAUCGAGGAGCCGUGUUCACUGGGGGCCCACGCUGGAGUCAUAGUGCCACCCUCCUGGAUCAUCAAAGUCAGGAAACCACAGAGCUCACUUAAGAACUCUGCCAGGAGAAAAAAGCGGACAUCUUUCAAACGAAGGACAAGCAAGAAGGGACUGGAUGAGUCUAAAUGGCGUCCGUUCAUGCUGAAGCCUCUCCCCUCACCUCUCAUGAAGCCCAUCUUGGUUUUUGUUAAUCCAAAGAGUGGAGGCAACCAGGGUGCAAAGGUGUUACAGAUGUUCAUGUGGAUUUUGAACCCUCGACAAGUCUUUGACCUGUCACAGGGAGGACUAAGAGAGGCACUGGAGUUGUAUCGGAAAGUGCCAAAUCUGAGGAUCCUCGCCUGCGGAGGCGAUGGCACAGUGGGGUGGAUCCUGUCCACUCUGGACGAGCUGCAGAUGAAUCCCCAGCCUCCGGUCGCUGUUCUUCCUCUGGGAACAGGAAAUGACCUCGCCAGGACGCUCAACUGGGGCGGGGGUUACACAGACGAACCAGUGUCCAAGGUUUUAUGUCACGUGGAGGACGGUUCGGUGGUGCAGCUGGACAGGUGGAACCUCCUCGUAGAGAAAAGUGCUUCACAGCCAGAGGAAGGAACACAGAAGCUGCCUCUAAAUGUGUUCAACAACUACUUCAGCCUGGGCUUCGACGCUCACGUCACCCUGGAGUUCCACGAGUCGAGAGAGGCCAACCCAGAGAAGUUUAACAGUCGCUUCCGCAACAAGAUGUUCUAUGCAGGCGCUGCGUUCUCAGAUUUCCUCCAGCGAAGCUCCAGGGAUUUGUCAAAGCACGUCAGAGUGGUGUGUGAUGGUACCGAUCUGACUCCUAAGAUCCAGGAGCUGAAGUUUCAGUGCAUUGUGUUUCUAAACAUUCCCAGGUACUGUGCUGGCACCAUGCCGUGGGGAAACACAGGUGACCACCGCGACUUUGAACCUCAGCGCCACGACGACGGCUGCAUCGAGGUUAUCGGCUUCACCAUGGCCUCGCUGGCGGCGCUACAGGUCGGCGGACACGGAGAGAGGUUGCACCAGUGCAGAGAAGUCGUUCUUACUACCUUCAAGACCGUACCUGUUCAGGUGGACGGUGAGCCUUGUCGACUCGCUCCCUCCACUCUCCGCAUCUCCCUACGUAACCAGGCCAACAUGGUCCAGAAGAGCAAGAGGCGCACCUCUGUGCCCCUGCUCAACGACCCUCACGCAGUUCCAGAUCGCCUGCGUCUCCGGGUGAAUCGGAUCAGCCUGCAGGAGUACGACCGACUGCAGUACGACAAAGAGCGACUACGAGACAUCUCCAUCCCAGUGGGCAUCGUGGUGGUGAGGGGCGACUGCGACCUCGAGACAUGCCGACUCUAUAUCGACAGACUACAAGAGGACUUACACCAGGCGCCAUCUACUGGCCACAGAGUGCACUACCAGGACGAGUGCAGAGGCGUCCCCAGGACCAGUUCAACCAGUAGACUCUCUCCCAACUGGAGCUUCUUGGACUCCACAUCAGCUGAUCGCUUCUAUCGCAUCGACAAGGCUCAGGAGCACCUCCACUUCGUGACGGAAAUCUGCCAGGAUGAGGUGUUUAUCCUGGACCACGAGGGACCUACGGGGAAUCAGGCAGCGUCCACGGGGAUGCCUGAUCUGGUGGUGGAACCCACUGCUGGGACUCCCUUGACAUCUGAGGAACAAGCCCUGCUGACAGCUGCCAGUACAGGAGACCUCUCCAUGCUGUCGGAGUGUGUGCGUCGAGGCGUCAGCCUGUUGGUCAGAAACUCUGGAGGUUGUUCAGCGUUACAUAUAGCUGCUCAGAACGGACACGCAGAGCUGGUCAGCUACAUACUGCAGCAGGGCUCUAAAGUGCUUCUGGAUUUGACAGACAGAGAGAAAGGAGACACUGCGUUGCACAAAGCGGCUUCAGAGAAGCAGCAUGCUGUUUGUCGGUUGCUGGUGGAGGCUGGUGCGUCACUCGACAAGACGAACUUCCAGGGGAAGACUCCAGCGGAACAAGCGGAGGGAGACUCUGAGCUCGCCGCCUACCUGAGAACCCAAAAACACCCUUCUUCCACCACCAACGAAGACUUGGAGACGGCUGUCUGAGGCUCACACACACUCACACACACUCACUCUGCCUCUCUGGACUCACACACUCGAAGUGGAGACGAAUCUGAGAGAGAAAAGUGUAAAAAAAAAGAAAAAAAAGAAAAAGAAAUCGGACUCCGUCGUCUCCACAGAGAUGAACGAGACGCAGCAGAGGAGUGAACUGCUUCAGCUCACAGCAGCACUGCAGUGGAGAUUUUAAUCGUCAAACUAUUUAUUUGUAUUUAUUUAUUCAUAUUCUAUUUAUUGGUUGUUGCUGAUUGAUCGACUGAGUGAUUGAUUGUAGGACUUUUUAAUGGUUCAGGAUGCAAGUGCACUUUGAGCAGCCGUCGCGGGUCGUGAGUUUAUGAAAAAAAAAAAACAUGUUGUUUAUUUUGGUCACAAUUCAUAUUUUAAGAAUGAAUUUACUCAGUAAGAAGUGUUGAAAAUAAUCAGUAUAACAUAACGUUUCAUUUCAGAACUGAUGGACGUACUAAAGGCUUCUAUGUUUACCCCAUAAAACCUGUGUGCCAAAGACAUUGCACUGACGUAGUGUCAUAUCUGUUUCUCUACUGAUCCCUCACAGCGGUUGGUUUUCACAUUAAACCCCUAAACAGAUUGGUUUGAAUUUAUGAUGUUUCAUUUUUCCAUCGACGGAUCAACAGAGCUUAAAAAAUGUCUUUUCAGCUGUCUCACUUUAGUGCAGAAGGCUUGAAGUGACGAAAAUAACUUUAUUUUUAUAAAACAAGAAACACAAGAAGCUUCACGGGUUCACAUAAACAGUAUAAGACUGAAAUUAGUAACAAAAUAAAUCAUAGGAAUUGUUGAAUUUGUUCAAGAUAAGUACGGAAGGCAGGAAGUGACAAAACAAAAACUUUUAUUUUUUUUAAACUGGAGCAAAAAUGUUUCACACGUGCAAAUAAAAACAGAUACUUGAAGUUAAAAUCUUAAAAGGCAACAGUCAAAAGUUUAAAUCAACAAAAUAAAUGACAAGAAAAUGUAUAUUUCUGUAUAAUUUCCGUAUAAGAAAGACAAAAACAUACUUUGCAUUUCUUUUGACUCAAAAUUUUGCCAUUUUUCUUGUAAAAACUUGAUGUUUUCACUGUUUCCAGACUUUAAAAACGCCUCGAGAAAGAAUCACACUUUGCUCCAGCUGCUCCCAGUGGAUAUCGAUUUGAUUUAAGGCGUCACAAGCCAGAAAGUUCUGAAACAUUUGCUCUUAACUUUGAUCAUAAAACAUCUGAACAGCGUGAUAAUGUGUUUUUUGGAGGACUGAUUUUAAAACAAAAGUAGGAGUAAUGUUUUAGUGACUUCCAAAACAGCCUGUUAGGUUUUAUUAAAUAACCAAACAUUUUUUUUGCUCUGUGUGGUCCAAACGUUUUUAUUUCAUGACAAUCAUCAGUUUCCUGUUUUUACUGUUUCAUUCCACCGUGUGUUGGUCUUGUCGUUGGUCGCAGGAGUUGACAGCUGAUGUUACAUGUUGAUGUGGACGUAAAUUUGUCUUUCAUAGCAAAAAUGUAAGUAGGUGAAGUUUUAUCAUAAUCUUAGAGGAAAAGGUCCCAUAACAGGACUGUGCUAUCUUUUUAAAGAUAUUAAUAAGGACAUUUAUAUAUUGGUAUGUUACAAUAUUGACGAUAGAAAAUGAUCAAACCAGUGAUCAAAUCUUCCUAUAACGUUUCAUUUUUGAUUCCAGCGUCCUUUGAGUCUUUACAGAAGAUUUGGGACUAAAUGUGUGUGAUGAGAAAAACAAACAAUACUCAGAAUACAAUGAUGACAAGACAGAAACACCCUGCGGUGAUGAUAUGUAACACAAAACAUUGUUACACCUGAUUUACAGAACAUUAUCUAACUUUUAUCACAGAAUAAAUGAACAAUAAGAAGGUGACACAGUGAUCACAAUUUGAUACCACUGACAGUUAAUAAACAAUAAUAUUGAAUUUUAGCUCAGUUAUAACACUUAAACAGAACUUUUUGGCAAAUAUUUGUACAAUUUAUACAUAUUUUAAAACCUUGUGUGUGUCUUAAAGAAAAAAUUCCCCCAAAUAAUUGGUCUUAACCCCCUUAAAUUUAAAUAUUGUCUAGCUUUUUUCAUAUUUUAUUACUGUAAAUUUUUACUGUCUCUGGGUUUAGGACAAGGAAAGGUUUUGGAAAAUUGGAAAAUUUAAUAUUGAGUCAGGAGCAAACAAUGAAUUGAUUGAUUUAGAAAGUAACUGGCGGAUAAAUUGAUUGUGAAAACAAUCAUCAGUUGCUGCUCAAAUCCAGAGAAUCACAGGAAUAAAAUGCUAAAAACUCUCUUAGUUAUAUUAAGUCAAGUCUAAAUAAAAUGUUGCUUCUCAGAUUUAAUCAAAUGAAACUGAAACUCACCACCGACUGAACCACUUCACAUUAGAAAGCACCAGUAUCAAGAAAAAGAAACACAUUAGUUC